GAACAGCUGCAGGGGGGCCAGCCAAUCAGCAUCGACCUGCAGGCCUGUGAGAUAGAACUAGCCAAACACAAGGUUUUGCGUAAUGAUGUCAUGUCCCACAUUCGGACCAUUGAGUCCCUGAACCGGGCUGGCAGGGACCUGCUGGAGACCGGGUCCGGAGACAGUCCUCAUGGUCUCCAGUCCCGUCUGGAGCAGCUCAAUGAAAGCUGGGAGUUCGUUCGCUGUGAGACUGAACGCAGACAGUUGGAGUUGGAGAACAGACUGAGUCAGGUCCAGGAUGUGACCAUGGAGAUCCAGGAUCUCCUGCAGUGGUUGGAGAACACAGACCUGAGGCUGUCCUCCUGUAAAACCAUGUGGGGGAUGCCCGACUCAGCCACCGAGAGGCUCAGCGCACAUCUGGAGUUGUGUAAUGAGAUGGAGUCGAAGCUCCACACCUACACAGACGUGAAGAACGCCGUCCACCGGAUGCUGGAGAGCAGCGACGUGGUCCGCGGGUCGAGUACAGAACACAGUCUGUCUAUUCUGGAGCAGAAAUGGGCAUCAGUUUACAACAAAGUCCAGGACAGAAAGGCGAAGCUCACCGAAGGACUGGGUUUGGCCAAAGAGUUCCACAGCAGCGUCCAGGACCUUCUGACCCGGAUGUCCAGGUGUGAGGAGUCCAUCGGCCUCCUGCCGGCACCCAGCUUCGUUCUGGACACAGUCUGCACUCAGCUGCAGGAUCACAGAACUCUGGUGAAUGAGGUGAACAGUUACUGUGAGAAGAAAACCACAGUGGAGAACACGGGCUGCAGACUGACGGAGCUGAGCCGGAAGGAGGACUGCGAUGUCAUCCACAACCUGGUCAUGACCGUCCAGGAUCGGUACAAGAAGCUGCAGCAGCGUACGUCAGAGCGAGGCAGGAUGUUGGAGGAGGUGAAGAAGAACGCCAGACAGUUUAAUGAAUCCUGGCGUUUACUGGUCGACUGGAUGACCGAGGUGGAAACAACCUUGGACACUCAUAAGGAGAUCGCUGUGACUCAUGAGGAGAUUUAA